CUCCGAUUGGAUUCACCCGCCAUUGGCAUUUCCUCCGAUCCCAAAAACCCACAUUCUUCAUUCCCCCCCAGAAACACAAACACACAUCAUUAUACCCUGUUCCGAUCAUCCCCUGUUUCUCGAUCUGGUAAAUACCAAUCCAACAAUCAAUGGAGAGAAGCUCGGAAAUGGGCGGGAGGGAGAGGGUGGUGGCGGUGGCCGUGGACAGGGACAAGAGCAGCAUCUAUGCUUUGAAAUGGGCCAUUACUCAUAUCGUCACCAGGCACGAGACCCUCCGCCUUCUCCAUGUCAAAGACCGAUUCCUCACUGGUCAGCAAUGGGGAAUGGAUCAAGAACAGAGUCCAGAUGCUCUGAUCGCCGAGAUGAUGCUUCCCCUCAAAUGUUACUGUAUGCGCAAAGAAGUUAAUUGCGAGACCGUUGUACUGGAGGAUAGCGAUGUAGCCAAAGCAAUAGUAGAGUACAUUGGCCAUUUUGGUGUCAAGAUUCUCUUGCUCGGCACACCCAGCAAAACCGGUAUUUCCAGGCUGUUUCGGAGUACAGAUAUUCCAAGCACGGUGAUGAAAUGGGCACCUGAUUUCUGCACAGUCUACGUUAUAGCCAAAGGAAAGAUCAGCUCUGCACGGAAUUCUUCGCGUUCCAUUCCAUCACCACACCUUCCUCCACUUUCUUCCUCCCUCAGUACUGCAAAACAUCCCAGUUUAACCCCUUCUGAUACCCCGUCCAUUAAGAGAGUGAAUGGAAGAUCAUACGACAACCUGGACUAUGAACUCCUCCUUGGUGGAAUGUCAGACGCUCGGUUGAGCGUUGAUCAGGGCAACUCCCUCAAGUUCUACGAUACCGUCCAAGAUUCUUCAAGGCCUUCAAGGGCUACCAGAGCUGAUGUGCCGCCGAACUGGGAACCUUCUAGAAAUUCCUCCUAUGUAGAUUGCAGAGAGGACUUUGAGCCAUCCAUAACAUCAGGUUUUCGAAUGUCUAAUGGCCACACCUCGACCUCGACCUCGACCGACGAUCGGAGCUCUUGGGAACAAGAAGAUUAUGAGCGCCAAAUGAAAAGACUGGAGACAGAGCUAAAGCAGACGAUGGAUAUGUACCAUGCAGCUUGCAAAGAAGCACUUGCAGCAAAGCGGAAAGCUAUGGAAGUUGAGAAGUGGAAGGUGAGGGAGGAGAAGAGGAUAGAAGAGGCACGGGAGUUAGAGCAGAAGGUAGGACUGAUUGUGGAGAAGGAAAAAGAAAGGAUCAAAAUAGAGGCAAAUGAAGCAGCUCAGAGGUUUGUAGAAGCUGAAGUGGAGAAAAGGGUUAACGCAGAGAUAGAUGCCAUAAGAGGAUUUGAAGAGAUGCAGGCCGAUCUUAAUGGUUUAGAUAGCCUAGGACAGUCCCUAUUAGUUCUCAAAUAUAAAAGCUUAUAUCACAUUGUUUCAGUUUUGUUCCUCUUUUAUUUUUACUUCUCUGUCUCCAGUUGGUGACACG